AUGAAAAGAGGCGGAAGUGGUGGUGGGCAGAGUUCCCUGGGCUACCUGUUUGGUUCUGAGGGGGAGAAGCCAAAAAACGAGGCACCGCCGCCUUCUCAAACGACUUACGCACCACCGCCUUAUGGAAUCGAUAUUAGCACUGAUGAGAAACCACUGGAAAAUCCGUCUCAUUCUUCCCAAGACAAAACAAAGGCGAUCUCCAGCGACUACAUCAGAGUCCAGGGCCAGAAUUCAGGAAAUUUCAUCACUGACCGUCCAUCGACAAGGGUUAAGUCUGCGCCGGGUGGAGAUUCAUCUCUUGGCUACCUGUUUGGAGAUAAGUAA